AAAUCUCCAAAGGAAGACGUGCUCUUGAGCUCGUUUGAAUCACUGUAGGUGCAAGCAAAGUCGAAUAAAGAGAGCUGCAGAGAACAUCUUCGUACCUUCUCUCUCGCACAGUGUUUGGAAGACUUCAAACAAUACCUAAUUGCAUUUGGAGAAUCAGCCUUAAGAGACUGACCCGAUGAUGUUGGGCAUUAUAAGGCGAAGAGUCGCUUGUGGAGGCUUUUCUUCUUCGGUUUUAGGGCAGUCAUUUCAUACCAUUCGGCAGCCUGUAGUGUCUACGCCUAGAGUUUGCUCAAAUGCAGUAGAAGAGAUAUCAUGUCAUCCAAGAGGUUUAGGUCAUGCUCGAAACUUCUGUCACCUCAUUUCACCAGGCCACCCAUUGAAUUCAAGGCCAAUAAGGGAAGCUAUUGCCAGUCUUCAGUCGAGGGCUACUGUGCACAUACAAAGCAGGCUGUUUUCUUCAGACAAUGCAUCAGUUUGGCUGUCUCCUUGGAGUGUGACAAGUGAUUUGAUUGAUGCUAUUGUCCCAUUUAUGGGUGAAUCUAUAAGUGAUGGCACUCUGGCGAAAUUCUUGAAGAAUCCUGGUGACAGAGUAGAAGUUGAUGAGCCAAUUGCUCAAAUUGAAACGGAUAAGGUGACUAUUGAUGUUGCUAGUCCUGAAGCUGGUGUAAUCCAAAAGUUUGUAGCCAAGGAAGGGGAUACUGUGGAACCAGGUACUAAGAUUGCUGUCAUUUCAAAGUCUAGUGAAGGUAUAGGUCAUGUUGCUCCUUCUGAGAAGACAUCAGACCAAGCUGCUUCUCAACCAUCUCCUCCUGCUGAAAAGAAAAAAGAGGAGAUGCAAAAGCCUAAAGUUGAAGCUAGUCCUGCCAUACAGAAGCCUAAGACAACUUCUCCUCCACCUCCUAAACGCUCAGCUACAGAACCCCAGCUUCCCCCUAAAGAAAGGGAAAGACGGGUUCCUAUGACAAGGCUCAGAAAACGAGUUGCAACGCGUUUGAAAGAUUCGCAAAACACAUUUGCACUGUUGACAACGUUCAAUGAAGUUGAUAUGACUAAUUUGAUGAAACUCCGUUCUGAUUACAAGGACGCCUUUGUUGAAAAGCAUGGAGUGAAAUUGGGUCUUAUGUCAGGAUUUGUGAAAGCUGCUGUUAGUGGGCUUCAGAAUCAACCAAUCAUCAAUGCGGUUAUUGAUGGUGAUGAUAUCAUAUAUAGAGACUACAUAGAUAUUAGCAUAGCUGUUGGAACUCCAAAGGGGCUUGUUGUUCCAGUUAUCCGCAAUGCUGGCAAGAUGAAUUUUGCUGAGAUAGAAAAGGAGAUCAACACUCUUGCUAAGAAGGCAGUUGAUGGAUCAAUAUCAAUUGAUGAGAUGGCCGGAGGUUCAUUCACAAUAUCUAAUGGUGGUGUUUAUGGAAGUCUUUUGAGUACCCCCAUUAUCAACCCCCCUCAGUCGGCAAUCCUGGGUAUGCACUCGAUAGUUUCCCGUCCAAUGGUGGUUGGAGGCAACGUAGUUCCGAGACCAAUGAUGUACAUUGCCCUGACAUAUGACCAUAGGCUGAUUGAUGGAAGAGAGGCUGUGUUCUUCUUGCGCCGUAUCAAAGAUGUGGUGGAGGAUCCACGGAGGUUGCUCCUUGAUAUUUAAAGACAGCAGCAGCAGCUGUUGCUUGAUUUCAUGAUAUAUACUUGGAUUUCAUAUAAUCGGAAUUCAUCAAACCAGAAUAAAUUUCUCAAGAUUGACAAUUUUUUGUUUUUGUUUUUGUUUUUCAUUGUUGAUUCUCUGUUUUAGCAAGUUGUUCAAUUGCGGCGAGCUAUGUUUAAAUUUGAAAUGAGGGAGGGGCACCUUGUUAGCAAACAUAUUUUUGUAUUCCCAAACAGUGUUUUUAUGUAUUUUUAUAUCUAAUGGUGGUGUUUAUGGAA